UUAAAUAACUGUCUUUGGAGUGUACUUUAUUAAAAAUGUCUAAAAAUUACGUGACAAGUUAUCGUGGUGAUACAUACUUAACGCCUACUGGUAAAUUAUACAUAAAGGACGAGCCAGUUACUCCUAUUGAGGAAGACUUCGGCGAUCACAAUAAUUUGGAUGAUUUUAUUAAACUCGAACAUGGCGGAAUGAGGAAAUCUAUGUCUAUGAAUGACUUAGCUUCACUUACGUCGGACCUCAUCAAACUAGGAUAUCAUGAACAUGCAGAUCACAGGCAUCGUAAAGUUACAGGAGCGGGCGAGCUGUCGAAAACGAAAUUUGUAUCUAUGGCUGAAGGAGUUUAUCAUUAUCAAAGAGAUACGCCAAAUCGCUUCCAUUCAAGUCGACCUCAAGCAUUCCGUACUAGUGUAGCUCCAGAGCAGCUAGGGCUCACUAUUCCGCAGUCACCCAUGUUGAGAUGUAAGGCACGGUCCCGACCUCUUCACGUUAUAUCUCAAAAAGAAAAAGAAGAAUUGGAAGCAGAAGAAAUAAAAAAAUUCAAGAUUAAAGCUAAUCCUAUUCCGAAAUCAGUGAUUGAAGGCUGUAGAAACCUUCCUGAGGUGCCAAAGAAAUUGCCAACAGUACCUGAACCAUUCCACUUGACUAAAGUGAAUAAAAAAAUAGCUCAGUCACCACCCAUACAUGUUCCUGUAUUCAAAGCGCGUCCUGCACCUAAACACAUACUUGAGAAACCACAGGUGUGUCCGAAACAGUCUAUUCCUCUCACUGUACCUGUCUCUCCAAAGUUCCACUACAAACCACCCCGUCAGAUGCACAACUCUUCACCUAAACCACCCAAGCCUGUUGAAAAGCCAGUUCGUCAUGGACCCCUUAUGGCAGAGCCAUUUUCAUUUGAAAAGAGAGAUGAAGAAAUCAAGCGCCGUCGUGAAGAAAGAAUUAAAAAACAACUUGAAGAGGAGCGCAAACAAGCUUCUCAAUUUAAAGCGCAGCCACUGCCAGGAGCUGUAAAGAAGCAAAUGCAAAUAGCUACAGUCAAAUGUGGUUCAUCUUCAGCAUCCUCAGAAAAUAAAGAGAACCGCUUCAAAUUUGAAGCCAAACCUCCUAUAGUAUUAUACAAAGAACCUUUCAAACCUGUACUAAAGCCAGUUCAACUUUUAAAACCUGCUCCAUUCCAGCUAACAACAGAAAAGAGAGCAGUGGAUAGAGAGAGAUUUGAUAAGAAUCUGAAAGAAAAGGAAGAGGAACAGGAGAGGCUUAGACAACAGAGAGAGAAAGAAAUUCGAGAGGCAGAGGAGCAAGCUAAUGCUGAACUGAGGGCUAAACUGGUGCACCAUCCAAAACCAGUUCCUGUGGUCCACCAUCCAUUUGUUCCCGAAAAAUCUGUGGCUCCACUAACAGUGCCUGAAACCCCUAAAUUUGUUAGGAGAUUGAAGCAACAUGAAUAGACUAGCACACUAGAAUGAUCACAUUUUUUAUAGCAUUUAUCCCUCUUCUCCCUACAGACUUGGUAAUGUAUAGAAACAAUUUUAUUUAUUUUCAAUGAACUUGAAGUUGAUUGUAUAUAAUAAUAGACAUAGUCAUAGAAAAAUCACCACAUUGAAAAAUUGUAACAAUCAUGCUUGCAUUACUUUUAUAUUGAUAAUUUUAUUAUAUAAGGCUGUGAAAAUUCUGAAAUGCCAAUCAGAAAUGGAAACUUCAAGAGAAGUAAACAAAAAAACAUGUUCACCUUCUAAUUUCUUUAGAAAUUACUGUUCCGUUUUAUUAUUGCCUGUCCUGUACUUCAUUCAAUUGUCAAGCCGCCUGUGACAGCACACUAGAAGGAUGAUCAAAUGAGAAACAUUACCGGUGGAUAGGGAUCGAAGUAUGAUGAAAUAAUUCAGUUAUGCUGUGUUGUUCAUGAUGUUUUGUCUGACCGCUCAACAUAUCAGUGGUCAUUGUGUUUUAUAAGUGUAGGCCCUCUAAUGCACCAGUAAUGUUCCGCUGUUCUAGUGGUUCUGUCUAGACUUUCUGUUUUAAUUUAAAAAGUUACUCAAAAUCCUUUGACUGUGUAAAGUAUGGUACCUAAACCAGGUGGUCGGGUAACUAUAGUUCAAAAUUUGUGACAUUUUUAACCAAAAGCAACCACAUUGUCCAUUGUUGAUAAGGUCAAUUUCAAACUGAAGCUAUAUAGAAAUAGUGCAUUAUUAACAAUCGCCAAUAAGUACUCUUGUUUGAAAAUGGCCCAUUUAAUUAAGUACCAAUACAAAUGUUAUUUAUAGUAUUUUAGCAGAAAAUGUUCUCCGCUAUACAUUAAACUUGACUCAGAACUAAGUAUUUCAAAUGACAGUCACAAGUAAACCAAUAUUCCAAGUUAGUUGGGGACCAUAGUUAGGAGAUUUUGGACAGUUUUUGCCAAUAGUAAGGUGGAUGCACCCUUUGCUUGGUGGAAGGAAUGCUCAUAACUUGAACAUAAUUGUGAUCAUUCUAGUUAAUAAGGGAUAGACAUUAUAUUGUUAAUGAUUUAAGACACUCUCUACCUGGAGAAAGGAAUGCUCAUAACUUGAACAUAAUUGUGAUCAUUCUAGUUAAUUAGGGAUAGACAUUAUAUUGUUAAUGAUUUAAGAUUUUGGACUGAUUGACAAUAAUGUUAAUCUUAGUCAAGUCAUUAGUAAUUUCUACAUAAAUUUUAUUACAUGUAAUUUUCAUUGAUUUUGAGUAGUUUUAGUUUAGAGAUAGUUUGUAUUGUGUAGUUUAAAUGUUGUAAUAAUGUUUUCCGUUUAUAGUUCAUUACAUACAUACAUAAUAAUGAUUAUUGUUUUAGUAAUUGUGUAAAUUAACUGUAACUCACUUUAUUAAAAGCUUUAUAACUUAC